AGAUACAUCGGACGAGAUUUGCCAUUUCAUUCAUUCUUUUUGUUGAGUUCUUCGGGCAAGGGGAGUACCUUCCUUGUCCUCUGAUGCCCUUCUGAGCAGGAGCAGGCAGAUCGCCCGCACCUGAACAUAAGUACGAUGAUGUCCAGUCCCACCAACGGGACCUACUCCUUCGCCUCCGAACCCCGGCCUGUGUCCAACAGGAAGCUCGCUCCCGACGUGGCAGGCGAUGCAGAGGACAGAGUCGCGAUCAACAUCAUGUGGGACAAGAGGGUCGUGCGUGGGAACACCUUGUCCUCUCCUCCAGUGCCUGCACGUCCCGUGGAGAAACAGCGGUCGUCGAGCCCGCACGCGUCCCCUCCCAACCUGCUGGGAACUACCCGGGGGUCGAGGAGGAGGAGGUCGAGAGGGAUGAGCCAGACGCAGAUCAGUGUGCCUGUGGUGGAGUGUCUGCUGGAAGAGAUCACGGACAGACCUGUGGAGAUUGUGUUCGAGGCAGGAGGGAAGAAGCUGGAGGACAGGCCGCCGUCUCCUCUCUUCAUCCCCCAGCAGAUCGGCGUCGACAAAGAGACGCAGGUGGAGCCUGGGGAUCUGUUUGACUUCGAUGCGGAGGUGCAGCCUCUGCUGGAGAUGAUCGUGGGGAAGACGCUGGAGCAGAGCCUGGCGGAAGUGAUGGAGGAGGACGAGCUGCGUGCCAAGGCGGAGCGGCGAGAUGACUGGGAGAUCGUUCAGAUGUCAGAGAGGUUCGAGUGUGAGCGAGUCGAGCACGAGCAUACCAGGAGGGAGCAAGAGAAGGCUCGGAGAGCCGUGCAGAACAAUCAGAGGGAGCAGGAGGAGGCAGCGCGAGACGUCAAGGUCGUCACUCAGAGCUUCUCGCACAACUGGGUUGGAGAUGUGUUCUCAACGGUGUUUGAAGAGCUUAAGGAUAGCGGAUUCUUUUAUGACCCCCUCGUGCGUGAAAUUGAGGAGGAAUUCCUGCCCUGGCUUGCUGAAGGGGUUUCAGCGAGCAUACAGCACUAUCAUGAUGCAGAGAAGCUCGUGGAGGAAGAGAUCAAGAAAACAGUGAAGCUGCACGAGCAGAGACAAUCGGAUGCCCGGCAAGCGUAUGAGAGGCAGGUUGAGGAGGAGAAGAGAGCAAGAGAGGAGGAGGCAGCGGAGGCAGCAGCUGAAGCGGAGGCAGCAGCCAAGGAAUUGGAAGAGAGUGAAGGGAAAGAGCAGGGAGCGCCGCAGGAAGAGAACAGCGAGGCACCUGAAACAUAAGAAUGGUACACGACAUGAUGCUGUAAAUGUAUCCUCAACUCC